AUGUCCACGGAGGGAAUGCGUUUGACCUCCGAAACCAAAUCCGAAACAUGUACGUUGGGCACACAAUCUUAUCGACAUAAGCCGGACAUUCCACGAUGGAGCGAUUUCAAUUUUCUGGUCGUUUUGGGCAGAGGAAGUUUUGGAAAAGUGGUGUUGGCAGAGCAAAAGAACUUAGACGAACUGUUUGCUGUGAAGAUUUUGAAGAAAGAUGUCAUCCUCCAAGAUGAUGAUGUUGAAUGCACCAUGACCGAGCGACACGUCCUUGCGUUGCCGAGCAAACCCCCCUUCCUAGUUCGGUUACAUUCCUGUUUUCAGACCAUGGAUCGCCUCUAUCUAGUCAUGGAAUAUGUCAGCGGUGGAGAUCUCAUGUACCGGAUACAACAGGAGGGGCGAUUUAAAGAACCAGUUGUUGUCUUCUAUUCGGCCGAAGUAGCGGUCGCACUACACUUCCUUCAUCAACACGGGAUCGUAUAUCGUGACUUGAAGUUGGACAACAUUUUGUUGGAUUCCGAUGGUCACAUUAAACUUGCUGACUUUGGAAUGUGUAAGCAAGGAAUCCAAGGCGAGACGAAAACGCGCACCUUUUGCGGCACACCAGACUACAUCGCACCCGAAAUUAUCAAGCACGAACCUUACGGAAUUUCCGUGGACUGGUGGUCAUUCGGUGUUCUGCUCUACGAAAUGCUUGCUGGUCAGCCUCCAUUCGAUGGUGAAGAUGAAGAAGAAUUGUUCCGAAAUAUUGCUUCUCGUGAUGUUGUCUACCCUAGACACAUGUCACGUGAGGCGUGUUUGAUCUGCCGUGCGCUGCUGACCAGAAAUCCCCGGGAUCGCUUGGGAUGCGGCCCUAAUAGUGAACGGGACAUACGUGAACAUCAGUUCUAUCGCCGCAUCGACUGGCAUAAAUUGGCCUCCAGACAGGUGCAGCCACCAUUCAAACCCCGGAUCAAGGACAAACGUGAUGUUAGUAAUUUCGACCGUGAAUUCACCCGGGACGCGCCCAAAAUGACACCCACAGACAAGUUAUUUAUUAUGAAUCUUGAUCAGACAGAAUUUGCCGGAUUCUCUUAUGUGAAUCCGGAAUACGUGUUGGAAGUUUGA